GAUGUUUAAACAGCAUGCCUAUGAAUGUAGCAUGUAUAACGAAGGUGGAAGAAGCAUGCUCUCUUUAAGGCAGCAAUGAAUGAAGGCUGUUUACGGAUUUCGAGAGAUGAUACAGCAAAACGACACCAUGCAUGAGACGACCGUGACUCAGAUCAGCGUGACGGCCACCAACUGCACCCUGACCUACGCCGUGGACCGCGUGCCCCUGGUGGUGCUUUACAGUAUGGUACUGAUCAUUGGGCUGCCCGCCAAUAUCGCUACUGUCUACCUGACCUUCCUCCAGGUGCGCCGCAAAAACGUCCUGGGCAUCUACCUGUUGAGCCUGUCUGUGUGCGACCUCAUGUACCUCUGCACCCUGCCCAUGUGGGCCGACUAUGUGAACAUGGGCCACCAGUGGCGCUGGAGCUCCAUGGCUUGCAAGGUGACAGGCUACUUCUUCUUCAACAACAUGUACAUCAGCAUCUUUCUGCUGUGCUGCGUCUCCUGCGACCGAUAUGUGGCCGUGGUCUACGCUGUGGAGUCGCGCGGCCUUCGCCGACAGAGGCUGGCAGUUGUGGUUACCAUAGCAAUCGUCUUGGUGGUGUUCAUAGGCCACGUGCCAGUUUUUACCAUGACGGAGGGCAAUGCGACAGAGGGGAGAUGCUUCGAGCCGGGCCAGAGCACGCUCACCGUGACGGGCUUCAACUACGCACGCUUCAUCAUUGGCUUCCUGGCCCCGCUAGUCGUGCUGGUGGUCACCAACCGUGCCAUCCUGGCCAGCGUGCAGGCCAGCACGGGGCUGCAGCCAUGCCAGAAGGAACGGGUGCGCAACUUGGCGAUUGCCGUGGUUGUCCUCUUCCUGGUGUGCUUCGCGCCGUACCACGUCAUCCUACUGCUGCGCGCAGUCACCUUCCACAUCCCCAAGCUGCAGAAGACGUGCCACUUCGAAGAAAGCAUCUACACCCCUUACACUAUCUCUCUGGGCCUGUCCACCUUUAACAGCGCCAUCAACCCCAUCCUCUACGUGCUCUCCAGCGACAACAUUCGCAAGGAGCUGCGUCGCGGCAUGGAAAGCCUCCGGGGGACAAUCACCCUGCAGCCACGUUCCACUGACAGCAGCCAGCACAAGAUGCACAACUCCAAGAACUCGUUAGAGGUGGCGGCGCCACACGAGACGUGGCGAAGCAUGGUCGUUGAUGGCAGAGGAAGGGUAGGGGUUUGAUAUGGGAGCCAGAGGGAUACGCAGAUAUGACUGCUAAAGGAACUCUGGGAUGGUGACUUGCAGGUACACUGGAAUAUUAAACAAACUCAGCAUAGAGACAGGUGGAACCCCAAACAUAGCAAGAGCAAUGGGAGACAAUGUUUUCCAGUCGUCCCAGAAACUGACUGAGGAAUUUAUAUGAUUGAAACGUGUCAAGCAGGACUUCAACUCCGCUUUAAGUUUAUUUCUGCCUCAUUUUUUGUUGUUCAUCUCCAGAUGAAAAAAUUGGGUCAUUCCAACUAUGCGGUGCCUUUUGGACCUCAUAACUUUUGUAUACUAUCAGAAAAAGGAAAACAUAUUGGUCCGAAAAACAUAUUGGACAAGCUCAGUCACUUACAUUUUAUUUGGUGCAUUUUCCAACCUGUUAGGUGCAUAAUCCUAACAGUGUGGAAUUUAACAGGAUGGAAAUUUGGAGCCUAAGUUAGCCAUAGCGCUGGGAGUGAGCAAGAUUGAGCUAGCAUAAUGGUGAACACUUGAACAGGAUUUUAAAUUCUCGAUCAAACAUAUUU